AUGGCAGAGGAGAUAGAUUUUAACGAGGAGGAGCGAUCUGAGUGUAAAGAUGGUAAGAACAGCAAAUCCCUGACCAGAAGUGACCUGGAUAAGAUGAACCUGAGAGAUCCCAAAACUUUGGCCGAAAUUGCCAAGAAAUUCACGAGAAAGAAGGUCAACAGUCCGACCGAGAGAACAGUUAAAUGCACUGACCCGGAUUGUUCGAAGAUGUUUAAGGAUCAUAUCGGAUUACGGAAACAUCUGUUAUCUCACGCCCCUAAAGUGCACGUGUGCGCGGAGUGUGGUAAGGCGUUCAAGGAGAGUUCUAAGCUGAAGCGACAUGCUCUGGUCCACACUGGAGAAAAGCCCUUUCAGUGCUCGUUCGAGGGAUGCGGCAAGAGAUUUUCCCUAGACUUCAACCUGCGGACCCACGUUAGGAUUCACACAGGGGACCGGCCCUAUCACUGUCCCUUUGACUUUUGCAGCAAACGCUUUGCCCAGUCCACCAACCUGAAGGCCCACAUUCUGACCCAUGCUAAACACAAACCAUCCUAUUUUUUUGUCUUUAACGAGUUUAUAAUUUCAGAGAUAGAUUUUAACGAGGAGGAGCGAUCUGAGUGUAAAGAUGGUAAGAACAGCAAAUCCCUGACCAGAAGUGACCUGGAUAAGAUGAACCUGAGAGAUCCCAAAACUUUGGCCGAAAUUGCCAAGAAAUUCACGAGAAAGAAGGUCAACAGUCCGACCGAGAGAACAGUUAAAUGCACUGACCCGGAUUGUUCGAAGAUGUUUAAGGAUCAUAUCGGAUUACGGAAACAUCUGUUAUCUCACGCCCCUAAAGUGCACGUGUGCGCGGAGUGUGGUAAGGCGUUCAAGGAGAGUUCUAAGCUCAAGCGACAUGCUCUGGUCCACACUGGAGAAAAACCCUUUCAGUGCUCGUUCGAGGGAUGCGGCAAGAGAUUUUCCCUAGACUUCAACCUGCGGACCCACGUCAGGAUUCACACAGGGGACCGGCCCUAUCACUGUCCCUUUGACUUUUGCAGCAAACGCUUUGCCCAGUCCACCAACCUGAAGGCCCACAUUCUGACCCAUGCUAAACACAAACCAUCCUAGCCAUUAUCCAUCCGGAGACUAUUUAUCAACUUUCUGUAGCGCUGUAGCGCAUUACCAAGUCAGCGUUUAUUCUGCACAAUGGAAGCAACAAGAUCUGAUCAUGAUUAUGGCCAUUCCAAUGAUUUAGAUAUCAUUCUUGAUCUUAGUUCCACCAGUAUGGUCAAUAAUAGGGCUGGUCACAUGAUGUUGUGUGCAGUGCUUGCAUACUGUAAAUACGUGAACAAUACCAUUUAGUGUAAAUUUACAUUUUUCUUUCCAUGAAUAUACUUGGUUUUUUGAUGAAGCAUUGCGGCAGUUUCUUUUAAGCUUAAAGAUUUACAAUUUUUCCAAUUAAAAUUGAAUAUUAUCCUAUAUUAGUUAUGAAAAUGAACACAGUUAGGGUAACUAUAACUCAUAUUUAUAAGUUAUCUGAUUUUAUGAAUACAUGUCGAACUGUAGUAUUGUAGGUUGUACUGCCACUGGGUACAUAUACACACUAGUACAUUUAUUUGAGUUUACCUCCAAUGGGAAAAAGAAGCCGUGUUUGUAAGUUAGAUCUUGUUUUUGGUUUCUUUCAAGAAUGUUUUUGUGAAAUAUUGAAAUCUUACUCAUCGGCCUCAGAAAGACUUUUAAGAAAAUUGUAAAAUUUGAACGAUUGGUAAAAUUAGGAUGAAUUUAUCAAGUGUAUUACUAAUAACCAUCCAAUAUUCGAAACAAAUUGAAAAUUCUUAUUAAAUUACCGUCAAGAAAUGUAAUAAUAAUAAGUUCAGACAAUUACAUUAUUUUACAGUUCAAAAGACGUUACCAGUAUCUAAGUCUAUUAUUUCGCUGGGGACUCGCAUGAAGGCAUCAUCACAUGCAACGUCCAUUUUAGGGUCGAUGAGAUUUGUUGUUUUUUGUCAUGUUGCUAUAUAAGAAGUGUUUACUGUAUUUGUUGUCAUUCAACUUCACUCAACUAUUUGUAUUAUUAUAGUCAGUUGCAUGUCGAUAGAUAGUUUCAAGGUCA